AUGACCGGGUGUGGUUUGGGUGUGGCCAGGUGUGGUUUGGGUGUGACCGGGUGUGGCCAGGUGUGGUUUGGGUGUGACCAGGGCGAGUCCAAGCGCAUCACGCUGGUGCUGCAGCAGCCGCCGGGGCCGGGCGCGUGUCCAUCCCCACUGACCACUGACCAUCCCCACUGUCCAUCCCCCCUGACCACUGACCGCUGCCCCUCGUGUCCGCAGGGCGAGUCCAAGCGCAUCACGCUGGUGCUGCAGCAGCCGCCGGGGCCGGGCGCGGCGCCGGGCCAGCGCCACGUGGUGCUGGGCACGCUGCCCGGCAAGCUGCUGCUGCAGGGCGGCGCCGCCGCGGCCGCGCCCGGCGCUCCGGCCAAGGCGGCGCCCGGCGCUCCGGCCAAGGUGGUGACCAUCCAGCUGCAGGUGCAGCCGCCGGCCGCGCCCGGCCAGCCCGGCCAGCCCCAGAAGAUCCAGCUGAUCCAGCAGGCCGGGGCGGGGCCCGUGGGCGUGGCCCAGGUGCCGCAGGUGGUGGGCGGGGCCGGACAGAGGCUGACCGUGCCGCUCAAGGUGGUGCUGCAGCCGCAGGCCGCCUCCUCGUCCGGCGGCUCCUCGGCCGGCCUCUCGGUGGUCAAGGUGCUGAGCGGCGCCGAGGUGGCGGCGGCGGCGGCGUCGGCGUCGCCGCGCGGCGCCUCGGACGAGAGCCGGCGGCUGGAGCACCAGAAGAAGCAGGAGAAGGCCAACCGCAUCGUGGCCGAGGCCAUCGCCCGCGCCCGCGCCCGCGGCGAGCAGAACAUCCCGCGCGUGCUCAACGAGGACGAGCUGCCCAGCGUCCGGCCCGACGACGAGGGCGAGCGCAAGCGGCGCCGCAAGGGCCCCGGCGAGCGCGGCGCCGGCAAGGAGGAGCGGCCGCGGCGCGGCAAGGGGCAGGGCGGCGGCAAGAGCAAGGGGCGGGGCAAGGCCAGCACCAUCACGCCGGUGGUGGGGAAGAAGCGCAAGCGCAACGCCUCCUCGGACAACUCGGACUCGGAGGCGCUGCCGGCGCCGUCCCCGCGCCGCGACGACGACGGCGGCGUCCAGAAGCGGCGCUCGAACCGGCAGGUGAAGCGCAAGAAGUACACGGAGGACCUGGACAUCAAGAUCACGGACGACGAGGAGGACGAGGAGCUGGACGUGACGGGGCCGGCGCGGCCGGAGCAGCCGCCGGCGCCGCCGCCGCCCGAGCCCGACGGCGACGCGCUGCCCUCCAUGCAGUUCUUCGUGGAGAACCCGAGCGAGGAGGACGCCGCCAUCGUGGACAAGGUCCUGUCCAUGCGCGUGGUCAAGAAGGAGCUGCCCUCGGGACAGGUGGUGGAGGCCGAGGAGUUCUUCGUCAAGUACAAGAACUACUCCUACCUGCACUGCGAGUGGGCGACGAUCGCGCAGCUGGAGAAGGACAAGAGGAUCCACCAGAAGCUGAAGCGCUUCAAGACCAAGAUGAACCAAAUGCGGCACUUCUUCCACGAGGAUGAGGAGCCCUUCAACCCCGACUACGUGGAGGUGGAUCGGAUCCUGGACGAGUCGCACAGCGUGGACAAGGACAACGGCGAGCCCGUGGUGUAUUACCUGGUCAAGUGGUGCUCGCUGCCCUACGAGGACAGCACCUGGGAGCUGCAGGAGGACGUGGACGAGGCCAAAAUCGCCGAGUUCAAACGGAUCCAGGCGCGGCACCCCGAGCUCAAGAGACAGCCGCGCCCCCAGGCCGGGGCCUGGAAGAAGCUGGAGGCGUCGCACGAGUACAAGAACCACAACCGGCUGCGGGAGUACCAGCUGGAGGGGGUCAACUGGCUGCUCUUCAACUGGUACAACAGGCAGAACUGCAUCCUGGCCGACGAGAUGGGGCUGGGCAAGACGAUCCAGUCGAUCGCCUUCCUGCAGGAGGUGCACGGCGCAGGUGUGCGCGGGCCCUACCUGGUGAUCGCGCCGCUCUCCACCAUCGCCAACUGGGAGCGCGAGUUCGGCACCUGGACGGGGCUGAACACCAUCGUGUACCACGGGAGCCUGGCCAGCCGGCAGAUGAUCCAGCAGUACGAGAUGUACUGCAAGGACAGCAAGGGCCGGCUGAUCCCAGGUGCGUACAAGUUCGACGCGCUCAUCACCACCUUCGAGAUGAUCCUGAGCGACUGCCCCGAGCUGCGCGAGGUGCCCUGGCGCUGCGCCGUCAUCGACGAGGCGCACCGGCUCAAGAACCGGCACUGCAAGCUGCUCGACAGCCUCAAGCACAUGGAGCUGGAGCACAAGGUGCUGCUGACGGGCACGCCCCUGCAGAACACGGUCGAGGAGCUCUUCAGCCUCCUGCACUUCCUGGAGCCCUCCCAGUUCCCGUCCGAGGCCGAGUUCCUCAAGGACUUCGGCGACCUCAAGACCGAGGAGCAGGUGCAGAAGCUGCAGGCGCUGCUGAAGCCGAUGAUGCUGCGGCGGCUGAAGGAGGACGUGGAGAAGAACCUGGCGCCCAAGCAGGAGACCAUCAUCGAGGUGGAGCUGACCAACGCGCAGAAGCGCCUGUACCGCGCCAUCCUGGAGCGCAACUUCGCCUACCUGGCGCGCGGGGCGGGGCACGGCAACGUGCCCAACCUGCUCAACACCAUGAUGGAGCUGCGCAAGUGCUGCAACCACCCCUACCUCAUCAACGGUGCGGAGGAGCAGAUCGUGGCCGAGCUGCGCGCCUCGCUGCCCGCGCCGCCGCCGCCGCCGGACCUGGCGCUGCAGGCGCUGGUGCGCUCGGCCGGCAAGCUGGUGCUGCUGGACAAGCUGCUGCCGCGGCUGCGCGCCGGCGGCCACAAGGUGCUGGUCUUCUCGCAGAUGGUGCGCUGCCUGGACAUCCUGGAGGACUACCUCAUCCAGAAACGGUACCCGUACGAGCGCAUCGACGGGCGCGUGCGCGGCAACCUGCGGCAGGCGGCCAUCGACCGCUUCAGCCGGCCCGACUCGGACCGCUUCGUCUUCCUGCUGUGCACGCGCGCCGGCGGGCUCGGCAUCAACCUGACGGCCGCCGACACCUGCAUCAUCUUCGACUCCGACUGGAACCCCCAGAACGACCUCCAGGCGCAGGCGCGGUGCCACCGCAUCGGGCAGAGCAAGGCGGUCAAGGUCUACCGGCUGAUCACGCGCAACUCCUACGAGCGCGAGAUGUUCGACAAGGCCAGCCUGAAGCUGGGCCUGGACAAGGCCGUGCUGCAGUCCAUGAGCGGCCGCGAGGGCAACAUCGCCGGGAUCCAGCAGUUCUCCAAGAAGGAGAUCGAGGACCUGCUGCGCAAGGGCGCCUACGCCGCCAUCAUGGACGAGGACGACGAGGGCGCCAAGUUCUGCGAGGAGGACAUCGAGCAGAUCCUGCUGCGCCGCGCCACCACCAUCACCAUCGAGAGCGAGGGCAAGGGCUCCACCUUCGCCAAGGCCAGCUUCGUGGCCUCGGAGAACCGCACGGACAUCGCGCUGGACGACCCCAACUUCUGGCAGAAGUGGGCCAAGAAGGCCGACCUGGACCUGGACCUGCUCAACAGCAAGAACACGCUGGUGAUCGACACGCCGCGCGUGCGGAAGCAGACGCGGCACUUCAGCACGCUGCGCGACGACGACCUGGUGGAGUUCUCGGACCUGGAGAGCGACGACGACCUGGAGCGGCUGGACCGGGCCACCCGCUCGCGGCGCGGCCACCAGCACCAGCACGGCGGCCACCAGCAGGGCCAGCAGCAGCCCGGCCACGCCCCGCACGGCCCGGCCGCGCCCGCCGCUCCGGCCGCGCCGGCGCCCUUCGGGAGGAGCGACUGCGUGCGCGUGGAGAAGCACCUGAUGGUCUACGGGUGGGGCCGCUGGCGCGAGCUGGCCGCCCAGGGCCGCUUCAAGCGCCGCCUGUCGGAGCGCGACGUGGAGAGCCUGGGCCGCGCCAUCGUCCUCUUCUGCCUGCGGCACUUCCGCGGCGACGACGGCACGCGCGCCCUGGCCUGCGCCCUGCUGGCCCCCGGCCACAACGGCCGCGCCCGGCCCGCCCUCGGCCACCCCGGCGCGGCGUCGCCGGCGCUGCCGCGCGGCCGCAAGGGCAGGAAGGCGCCGAAGGUUCCGGAAGCGCCGGCGGCCGAGUGGCUGCUGCAGGACGAGGGCUACCGGAAACACCUGCGGCACCAGAGCGGCAAGCUGCUGCAGCGGCUGCGGGCGCUGCACGUGCUGCGCCAUGACGUCAUCGGCGCCGAGGCCGAGAAGGUUCUGGGCGGGGCCAGCGCCAGGUGA